UUCACUCCAUUUGUUCAUCUUCUUUUUUCUCAUCAUCAUUGUCCAUAACGUCCUGUUCCUAAAGAUCAUCAUCUCCAAGAGUUCUGGAUUCCCCGGAAAAAACUCAGAUAGGAAACAGGAAAAGAAAGAGGGUUUUGAAUUUUUGCGGGAAUUAUGGAUCUAUGGUCCAUUAAUGUGAAGAAUACAAGCAAUAGGGGACCUUUUCUGCUGAGAAAUUCAAUUCCUCAGAAGCCCUUUUCCAAAUGGAGCUCAAGAAGUGUGAUGGCUGCUGGGAUUUCCUCUGCUUGUGGGACUUUGAGGGUUGUUGAGAUCAGGGUCUCGAGAAAAAGGCCUUGUGGAUACCAAUCCUUAAUGGUCAGAGCCAUGGGGAAGAAGAACAGCGAUAGUAGUAAUAGUAGUUCUGAUAAUUUCUCUUCUUCUUAUGGGAAUGACAAUCAAUCAUCACCAGAAGGAGAUGGUCAGAAAGAAAGUAAUCCAUCUGAAAGUAACAAAUCAAAAGACAUUGGUUCUCAGAAGUCCCAUCGUAAACCCCUGGACUGGAGAGAGUUCAGGGCAAGCCUUUAUAUUCAGGAACAGGAUGAAACCAUCUCUGACAAUCACAAGCAAGACCAGGCGUCUAUUGGGCCCAAAACUCUCCCUCAAAAGUGGGCCCACCCUAUAUCUGCACCCGAAAAUGGCUGUCUUCUUGUUGCUACAGAAAAACUUGAUGGAGUUCGGACCUUUGAAAGAACUGUAGUUCUCCUCCUCAGAUCUGGAACCAGACACCCACAAGAAGGGCCAUUUGGAAUUGUUAUAAGUCGUCCCCUUCACAAAAGGAUCAAACAUAUGAAACCCACUAAUCUUGAUCUGCAAACAACAUUUGCUGAUUGCGCCUUGCAUUUUGGGGGGCCUCUCGAGGCAAGCAUGUUUCUGCUAAGAGCAGGGGAAAAUUCAGACCUCCACGGUUUUGAAGAGGUGAUACCUGGUGUUUGUUUUGGUGCUCGAAACAGUUUGGACGAAGCUUCUGCAUUGGUAAAAAAGGGAGUGCUUAAGCCUCAUGAUUUCAGAUUCUUUGUUGGAUAUGCAGGGUGGCAGCAUGAGCAGUUGAGGGAAGAGAUUGAAUCAGAUUAUUGGUACGUUGCCGCAUGUAGCGCAAAUCUAAUCUUUGGGGGUUCACAAAAUUCUUCCUCGGAAGGUUUAUGGGAAGAGAUUUUGCAACUUAUGGGUGGUCACUACUCAGAACUGAGCCGCAAGCCAAAGCAAGAUCUUUAGUUCUAACCAAGUCAAUAAUCAGAACAAGGAAUUGUGCUGGAUUAUGUGACAGAUAAAUGUACAGGAGAAAUAGAUCAAAAACUAGCAAUCCCUUCUUUUAUUUAUUCAGAAACUUGCUAUUUAUGCAUGCAUGUAAUUAAAUAAUAGUUUGUACUAGUGGUGGUUUAUCUUUAUUACAUCUAA